AUGUCUCGCCCAUGUCUUGCCACCUAUCCCAGCCAGCUUUCUCCAAUACCGUCGACCUGCGCUCGAACCAGCCUCCUGCAAUGUGACUCUGGCGAAUGCUGGCAAGAGCAGCACGUUGGCCCCUGCGGACAUGACGGAUACCACCACACGGAUAAGCUAUUGGCAUCUGAUCAAGAAUCCGUCUUGCAGUCCGACAUUUCCGACUGGCAAUGGCACCAUUUCCCCGCACUCUGCGGCUGCCAAGUCUGGGUUGCAGAGCGAUUGUCGUCCUUGCUCCUGUUUCCUUCUCACCUUCGAACCGUCCAGACACCACAGCCUCCCGUCAAAAUGGCCACCCACAGGAGCUCCAUCGAGAAGAACGAUGCCGUUUUUGAACACAGACCUUCUGGAGAGGCUCAUCUCGAAAAGGUGCCUGAAGCCAUCGAAGUUGGUCCCUACCGCGUGUAUGGAUUGUCCACUGAAGAUGCCGAUUUCUUCAACAACUACCCCGAAGAGAAGAGGAAGAAGACUUUCCAUAAGGUUGACGUUCGUCUGAUUCCCAUGCUGGCUCUGCUUUACUUGAUCUGCCACAUCGAUCGCGCCAAUAUCGGUAACGCCAAGAUUGAAGGCAUGGUUGAGGACCUAGGCAUGACUGGUGUGCAGUACAACACUGUGCUAUCUAUCUUCUUCAUCCCCUAUGUCCUCUUCGAAGUUCCUAGCAACAUCAUCCUCAAGAAAGUCAAGCGUCCUUCGUUCUACCUCGGCACUCUUACCCUCUGCUGGGGUAUCAUCAUGACCUGCACGGGACUGGUUCGUAACUUUGGUGGAUUGAUGGUAACUCGCAUUCUUCUCGGCGUCUUUGAGGCUGGUUUCUUCCCCGGUGCAAUUUACCUGACUUCUUACUGGUACAUGCCCAAAGAUCUCGCGGUCCGAAUUUCGUACUUCUACUGCGCCAGCGCCUUGUCAGGAGCCUUCUCCGGUCUCCUCGCCGCCGCCAUCGCUGAAAUGGACGGUGUUGCCGGCCUCGAAGGCUGGCGUUGGAUCUUCAUCCUCGAGGGUCUCGCCACCGUCGUCAUGGGCGCCUGCUGCUUCUUCUUCCUGAUCGACACCCCGACCCUCUCAAAGCGCUGGCUCGAGCCCGAGGAGAUCCGGUACCUGGAGCUCUCCAUCUUCAUCAAGUCGGGCGGCGGUGCUCGCGAGGAGGCCGGCGCCGGCGGCAAGGUCAACUGGAGAGAUCUCAAGAUGAACUUGACCAACUGGAGGAUCUACGUCCAGGCGUACUUUUUGGUGUGCCAGUCGGCUCUGUCGUACGGUAUCAAGUUCACCCUGCCCACCAUCACCAAGGCUAUGGGAUUCGCGAAUACACAGGCCCAGCUUCUCUCUGCGCCGCCUUACGUCGCUGCCGCCAUUUCGGCCAUUACCUUCGCCAAGAUUUCUGAUCGGUUCUUCUGGCGUAUGCCCUUCUUGGCGAUCCCUCUCGCCAUCGUCGCUAUUGCGUACGCCAUCAUUCUCUCCCUAAACGGAGCGCUCGAGGCGAAGAAGGGAGUCGCCUACUUCUCCGUCGUCCUUGCAGUCGUCGGCAUCUACCCCAUUCAAGCCGCGGCCGCGUCGUGGAACGCCAACAACAUCGCCCCGGCCUCUCGAAGAGCGAUUGGUAUCGCGCUGAUGAACUGCGUGGGUAACGUCGGUGGCAUUGUGGGUAGUUUCAUGUACCUUGAGAGCGAGAAGCCCAAGUACCCUACCGGCUUUGGCUUGAGUUUGGCCUUUGGUGGAUCUGGACUGAUCGUGGCUCUCUUGCUCGAGUGGAGUUACAAGUCGGCCAACGCACGCAAGGCUGCGAUCGCGGAGGAGGCGAAGACGAAGUACACUGAGGAGGAGUUGUUCAACUUGGGAGAUAGGUCGCCCUUGUUCAAGUAUGUGCUUUGA